UAUUUCAAAUUACUGAAGUACAAGCAUUUCAAGUUCCUGAAGCACAACCAGUUCAACUUCCUGAAGCACAACCAGCUCAACUUCCUGAAGCACAAGCGACCAAAAUUUCCAUAGCAAAGGCAAUUGAAGUUUGUACGGCACUAGCAACUGAAAUUCCUAUGGCACAUGCAAUUGAAGUUCCUAUGGCACAUGCAAUUGAAGUUUCUAUGUCACAUGCAAUUGAAGUUUCUACGGCACAAGCAACUGAAGCUUUUAUAACACAAGUAAUUGAAGUUUCUACAGCACAAGCAAUUGAAGCUUUUACAGCACAAGCAAUUGAAGUUUUUACUGCUUCACCUCAAACUCAAAAUACGAAUAAGGCUAGGAUUUCAAGACUUUCUAAAUUAAAGUCUCAUACUUGA